AUGGGAAAUCUGUAAACAUUAAUAAAUUAUCAUUCGCCAUUAUCGUAUAUUUAAGACUUAAAUGAAUAAAUAUAAGAUUGUGGAAUGGUAAAUCAUCCUGGGCUUGGACCAAUUUAAUUAUGGAAAAUUAAGCAAUCAAAUUCGCCUAUGAUGUUUUCAUAUGUAAAUUACCUUUAUCAUAAAAAUUAGCAUGUGCAUCUGUAUAAAAAUGAUUCCCAUCUCUUUGAUUUUCAUAGAAGUCGUUGUUAAAUGAAACAUCCAAACCUUUUAGCAUAUUUUGCAUGUACAACCUCAAUGGCUUAAAAUAUUGGAAAUGUUUAAUCAUUAUAACUCUUUUUUGCUUAUUACGAUAAAAAUUUAAAAUAGAAAUUGCUCUAAUACGAGACUGUGCCCGAAAUUGAAAUUUGGAAUAUAGUCGAAUAAAUUGUUAGUGCAUUGGCUUAUUUAUAAGGAUUGAACAGGUUUCAUGGUAAUUUGACUACCGAAUCAAUACUUAUUAAUGAGAAAGAUUAAAUUAAAAUAUUGGAUUAACUUGAGUAGAAACCAAAUGGAUAAUAGAUAAAAAAGGAUGUAUUCGAUCUAGGAUUAGUAAUAAUGGAGAUGCUUACCGGUAGAGCAAAUCAACUUAACUUUUUUGAUUCAUUAAAGCCCUUGGCGGGAAUCUAUUCGAUUCAAUUAUUGCAAUUAGUAGGUAAGAUGCUAUAGAGAGAUGCCUUACAUAGACCUGAUUUUAUUUAACUUCAAGAAAUUAUUAAAAAUAGAUUUAAAGAACCCAUAAUCCUACACAAUCCUUGCUAGAAUUAGAGUGAGCCAGCAUUUGUACAAAUCAUCAAUUGCGCUUAAAGAUUGUAAAGUAGGAAUUAGGAGUAAAGAGUAAUCACUUAACCUGGGGGAUAAUUUCAGCCGUCAACCCAUCCUAGAAUAUCUAAAAAUUCAUCACAAAGUAAUUUAUAAAAUAUUACUGUCCCUUUGCAUCCAAUUAAUGGAACUCAGUAAAAUCAUAGCAUUGUUUCCUAUUACCAAUAUUUUUCUCCCGUUAAGCAAUUAUCAAGAGUUGAUAAACUCUCUACUCCCGAUAGAUUAACAUCUUAUCAAAGUGGAAUUUAGCAAACUUCAGCUGUAUGGUAAAUUUGA